AUGGCGUUAAACGAGUAUGAAAAAAGUUUAACAGUGUUUUUAAACAAAAAGAAACGAAUCUAUCCGUUGAAGAAGCACCUUCUAGAAACAUACAGCUGCGUUGUUUGCUAUGGUCUGCUUCGAUUUCCUCAAUUGCUUGGAGCUUGCGGUCACAGAGCAUGCGAGGAAUGUUUGAACAUUCUUCUCAAGAACAAUAAUCCUUGUUGCCCUGUUGAUCAAAAUGAACUCGACAGUAAAAAGGUAAUCCCUGACAUAAUAUUGGAAAAAGAAGUUCAUUCAAUCAAUGUUCAAUGUUUUAAUGCUGCUCAGGGCUGUCCUUGGAACGGCGUUCAAAAUUCAUUGAUGAUUCAUUCAGAAAAAUGCCUAUACAAAGCUAUUCCAUGUGAAUUUGAAUGUGGAAUGAAUGGAAUAUUAGCCGUCAAUAUGAAGGAUCAUUAUUUGAAAGAAUGCAAAAAUGCACCUGUCGAAUGCGAUAUGUGUCACAUGAAAGUUAAGCGACCCAAGUUAAACGAGCAUAAAAUGGAAAAAUGUGCAGAAACUAUUCUAUACAAUUGUCCAGAAAACUGCGGUUUCAUUUCAAAAGAAGGUUUUCGGAGAAAAGAGUUGUCAGGUCAUUUUGAAAUAGAUUGUUCUGUUCACGUGUCAAGUUGUGUCUUUGGUGGUGCCGGCUGCAACUUCAAGGGAAAUAAAAAAGCUAAAGAAAAGCAUGAAAUGGAAUGUGUGAACACGCACAUGGAUCUGGUUGUUAAGGCGGCUACAGCUUACGUCGAUGAUAAAGCAGAAGAACUCUACAUGUUGAAACAAAUUGCAUACCUUAAGAAAAAGUCUAGAAUUUUGUCGUAUCUUUAUGAGAGGCAAUAUUUUUGGAGAAUAGGAAAUUUCAAGCAAUCGUUUAAAGAUGCGCAAAAAGUGAGUCACGAAGAAAUAAAAAGUCCUGUUAUAUCAACAAGCAGAAUAGGAUAUCGGCUUCAGUUCAUCACUUCCCUUUAUGGCGAAGGAAGAUAUCAAGGGCAAUACAUGUCAGUGCAUGCAAGAAUAUGUCCUGGUGAAUACGAUGAUCUGCUCAGCUGGCCUUUCUCACAAAUAAUAACAUUGACAUUGUUGGAUCAAUGCAUGGACAUCGAUAAUCGGAACCAUCUACCUUACACGCUGAAUCCUAAGAAUGUAAAAGACAAAAAAUCUUUAUCAAAACCCAGCCCGAACUCCAAAAACCCACUUUUUGGCACGGAGACAUUUGUAAAACUGGAAGAUUCUCUGAACCAUGAGCACUACUGUUUGAAUGAUUCCAUUUACAUUUUAAUAGAAGCUCAUGAUUAA